ACGGAAGCAGUAAACAUGGCCGCUACGCUAAAGCCUUAUCUGACCGCUGUUCGUCACACCCUCACGGCGGCAAUGUGCCUGAGCAACUUUUCCUCCCAGGUGGUUGAACGGCACAACAAACCCGAAGUGGAGGUCCGCAGCAGCAAGGAACUUUUGCUGACCCCGGUUGUGAUAUCGCGUAACGAAAAGGAACGCGUUCUGAUAGAAACGAGCGUCAAUUCGGUGCGUAUCAGCAUCGCCGUGAAGCAGGCGGACGAGAUUGAGAAGAUCCUCUGCCACAAGUUCACCCGGUUCAUGAUGAUGCGGGCAGAAAACUUCAUCAUCCUGCGGCGAAAACCGAUCGACGGGUACGACAUCAGCUUCCUCAUCACGAACUUUCACACCGAGCAGAUGUACAAGCACAAACUGGUUGACUUUGUUAUCCACUUCAUGGAGGAGAUCGAUAAGGAGAUCAGCGAGAUGAAAUUGGCCGUCAAUGCCCGGGCGCGCAUCUGCUCGGAGGAGUUCCUGAAGCGAUUUUAG